GACACAUGUGCUGCUGUUGUGACCUCCGAUCGUCGGAUACUUUCGAAUGUGGUUAUGCGCCAGCAUUCGGUCCAUGAGCAGUGGGGGGGCAUUCAUCCCGCCAAGGCAAUUCUUCACCAUCAAGACAAUAUGGCCACCUCUCGCCGUGAAGGACGCCCUCAAAGAAGCGAAGGUCACCAUGACUUCAAUAGAUGGGGUUGCAUUUACCCGCGGGCCCGGGAUGCCUGGAUGCUUGGGCGUUGGAAUGAACGCCGCAAAGACAUUGGCAUCGUCGCUGAAUAAGCCGCUUGUCGGUGUGCAUCAUAUGCAAGCUCACGCCUUGACACCAAUGCUCACGUCAAGCCAAGCCCCAGAAUUUCCAUUCUUGGCUCUAAUGAUCAGUGGCGGACAUACCAUGAUAUUGCUCGCGUCUUCGGAGACUUCAUUUGAGCUACUGGCAAAUACGGCUGAUGUGAGCAUUGGAAACGCUUUCGACAAGGUCUCGCGCGAGCUCGGCCUCCCGUGGACCGAUGCAGCACAUCGCAAUGUUGUUGGUGCUGGUCCAAUGCUGGAAAAAGUGGCCGAAGAGCACGCAUCCAUUUCGUCUUGCGAUACUCCCGCAUUUCCUGUCCCAAUGCGUGGACGACUCGCGUUCUCAUAUGGGGGCUUGAUGUCUUCCGUCCAAAGACACGUUGCCAACCUGAAGGGUAAUGGACCAUUAAGACGUGAUACACAAUCAUCAAUUGCGUACUCGUUUCAGGUAGCGGCAAUAGACCAGUUGAGGGAGAAGCUCUCACUUGCCCUUGAUCUUUGUCGUCGACGAAGUACUACAAUAACGACCGUUGUGAUCAGUGGUGGUGUCGCCAGUAACAAAUAUCUUCGAUCGCGACUUGAAAACUUUUUGGGACACCGGCAGCUUGCUGUGCAUUAUCCGCCGCCUUCCUUAUGCACAGAUAAUGCAGCAAUGAUAGGGUGGGCCAGCAUGCAGAGGUUUCUUCUUGGGGACUGUGAUCCCUACACCAUUCGGUUAAAACCAGCUUGGCCCAUCACGGAGCUCCAGGGAUCGCAUUGAAUAGAUAGUUCGGUGGAUCACUCAGACGCACGGAAGCAAGUCAUAUUGUAAAUAUUUUUCACUUCUAGAGAUGGUUUGAAGGAUUGAAGGAGAUGCACAAUCAUUGGACUGGCAUUUCAAACGCAUGCCGCUUCAUUGGCAGCCUGAUGCACAUUCCUCCGCCAGCUUCAACACGUCUUCCGCGAUCCCCCAACUC